GAAAGCUUCCUCCUUGGCUAUGGCUCCAGCCACCACCUCCUCAUUCUUUCCCAGAUUUCUUCUUCUUUCACUCUGCCUUUUCUGGGGCUACGCUGUUGAAGCUAAAUCAGAAACCUCUGUAACUGUUCAACUCUCUUCUCUCCUACCUUCACCUGUUUGCACACCUUCCACCCAUGCUGCCGGAAGGAAGUCGUCUUUGGAAGUAGUUCACAAGCGAGGUCCGUGUUUUAGAAAUGGAGAUCAGAAACCAAACUCUAUUUCUCACUCGGAAAUCCUCCUCUAAGAUCAGGCUCGAGUUGAUUCAAUUCAAUCAAAACUCUCCAAGAACUCCGGCCGUGCAGAUAACGUAAAGCAGACUGACGCCGCUAAUCUUCCAGCGAAAGACGGUAGCGUGGUGGGUUCAGGCAACUAUAUUGUUACAGUGGGACUUGGGUCACCAAAGAAAGAAUUAUCUCUCAUUUUUGACACAGGAAGCGACCUCACAUGGACACAAUGUCAACCUUGCGCUAAAUCUUGUUAUCAACAAAAAGAACCAAUCUUUGACCCCAGAGUUUCCAAUACCUAUGCCAACAUUUCUUGCUCAUCAACAUUGUGCAAUGCACUCACGUCAGCUACAGGAAAUGCGCCGAGUUGUGCAUCAUCAACAUGCGUCUAUGGCAUCCAAUACGGAGACUCUUCAUUCUCCGUUGGAUUCUUUGCCAAAGACACCAUUAGCUUAACUCCUACAGAAGUUUUCCCCGGCUUCCUCUUCGGCUGCGGUGAAAACAACAAAGGAUUAUAUGGAGGCGCUGCCGGUUUGCUCGGUCUUGGCCGUGACCAAAUUUCUGUAGUCUCUCAAACUGCAACAAAAUACAACAAGCUUUUCUCUUAUUGCCUUCCAUCAAGCCCCAGCUCAACUGGCUUCCUCACUUUUGGCAACGGUGGUGGCGUCUCAAAAUCAGUACAAUUCACUCCAUUGUCUACCGUCUCUAAAGGAUCCUCCUUUUACGGCCUUGACAUUACUGGAAUCAGCGUCGGCGGCCAGAAACUACCUAUUCAACCAUUAGUUUUUUCGUCGGCUGGAGCUAUUAUCGACUCAGGAACUGUGAUCUCGCGCCUCCCACCUGACGCAUACUCCUCUUUGCGGACAGCGUUUCGUCAAAAGAUGUCAAAAUAUCCAACGGCACCGGCUCUUUCGAUUCUUGACACGUGUUACGAUUUGAGCAAAUAUACUACUUUUUCCGUCCCUACGAUUAGCUUCUCCUUCAGCGGCGGUGUUGUGGUGAACCUUGAAGUGAGAGGGAUCUUUUACGUCAAUUCUCAGUCGCAAGUUUGUCUAGCUUUUGCCAGCAAUAGUGACGCCAGUGACGUGGCAAUCUUCGGGAAUGUGCAGCAAAAGACUCUGGAGGUAGUGUACGACGCCGCCGGCGGGAGGGUUGGGUUUGCUCCGAAGGGUUGCGCUUAGCCAAUUCUCUGCGCACAAAUUUAACGAAGAAGAGAAUCUUCUUCUGUUUGCUUCUUUCCAUAAAUAUAAUAAUAUCUCACUCUUAAAUAUUUUUAA